AUGUCGCUUCUCCUCUGUCCUUCCAUCACUUCUCCUUAUCCUGAAGAAGGGAUGCGUGUGGAGAAAUGCUCUGAAAGUGGUAUUGAAGUGUACUAUUGUGUGCAUUGCCCAUAUUCUACACCUCACAAAGGAAACUUGAAGGCUCAUUUAAACACUCAUAGUGAUAUUCGUCCAUUUGUAUGCAGUGUGUGCAUGAAAGGCUUCAAACAAAAAUAUACUCUCAAAAAGCAUUUUCGCCUGCACUCUGGAGAAAGACCUUAUAAAUGUGAUGUUUAUCCAGAAGAAGGGAUGUGUGUCGAGAAAUGCUCUGAAAGAGGCUUUGAUGUGUAUUAUUGUGUGCAUUGCUCAUAUUCUACACCUUACAAACACCACUUGAAGAGACACUUAAGCAUUCAUAGUGAUGUUCGUCCAUUUGUAUGCAGUGUGUGCAAGAGAGGUUUCAAACAAAAAGACUAUCUCAGAACGCAUUUUCGCCAGCAUUCUGGAGAGAGACCUUAUAAAUGUGAUGUUUGUGAAAAGAAAUUUGCAAAUCCAGAAGAAGGGAUGCGUGUCGAGAAAUGCUCUGAAAGAGGCUUUGAUGUGUUUUAUUGUCUUCAUUGCUCAUAUUCUACACCUCACAAACACCACUUGAAGACUCACUUAAAUAUUCAUAGUGAUGUUCGUCCAUUCGUAUGCAGUGUAUGCAUGAGAGCUUUUAAACAAAAAGACUAUCUCAGAAAGCAUUUUCGCCUGCAUUCUGGAGAGAGACCUUAUAAAUGUGAUGUUUGUUUUGAACAAGUAUCCUUAUAUCCAGAUGAAUGCUGUGAAUGUGGCUUUGAGGUGUAUUAUUGUGUGUAUUGCUUAUUUUCUACGCUUUGUUUGGAACAAGUAUCCUUAUAUCCAGAAUGGGUUCGUGUGGAGAAAUGCCCAGAAAGAGGCUUUGAUGUGUAUUAUUGUGGGCAUUGCUCAUAUGCUACACCUUUCAAAUCAAAAUUUAAAGUCCACUUUAACACUCAUAAUGAUGGACGUCCAUUCAUAUGCACUGUGUGCAUGAGAGGUUUCAGACAAAAACACACUCUCAAAAAACAUUUUCGCCGGCACUCUGGAGAACGACCUUAUAAAUGUGAGGUAGAUCUAAGUAGUUGUCUUGUGGAAGUGAUAGUAAUUAGAGUAAAACUGACUAAUAUCCAGAAGAAGGGAUGCGUGUUGAGAAAUGCUCUGAAAGAGGUUUUGAUGUGUUCAUAUAUUAGAGACAAAAAUACUGCUGUUACAGAGAUUGGUUUUAUGUCCAUUCAUGCCUGUCCAUACUGCCGCUAUGUUACUCCAAACACAGGUUGUCUCAAGAGACACCUUCGGACUCACAGCGGUGAAGAAUUAUUAGGUGCGAAAAUAGUCAUCCACGACGGUGUUCCUAUUUAUCAUUGCUUACAUUGUUCUUAUAGUACACCUUAUAAGUGGAAUUUGAAAACACAUAGACUUAUACAUUCUGGCGAGCGUCCCUUUGCUUGUUCUAUAUGUUCGAAUCUGAGGGAUAAAAGUGCCGUUGUUCCAGAUGUCGUUUCUUUCCUCCGUGCUUGUCCUCAUUGUUCCUAUGUCACACCAAGCACGGGAUGCCUGAACAGACAUCUUCGUACUCACAGCGGCGAGCGACCUUUCACUUGCAAAAUAUGCUUCAAAUCCUUCUCACAAAAGAGCAAUCUCCGGAGGCAUUUCCUGAUACACAUCAAGCCUCCUACGCAGUCAAAUCUAAAUGAAGGUGAAUUGUAA